AUGAGUAUCAAUCUGACCACAAACUUGAGUUUUGGACCUCUGCUGAUUGACUCUGAGGAGAAGCCAAGAAGUGGGCUUUCUAGGACAGGCCAUACAGUUGUGGCAGUAUUCCUUGGUAUAAUUCUUAUCUUGGGUUUCAUCAAUAACUUCAUUGUGCUCAUCCUCUUUUGCAAGUUUAAAGUUCUUCGAAAUCCUGUGAACAUGCUUCUGCUGAACAUCAGUAUCAGUGAUAUGCUAGUUUGCCUUUCAGGCACUACACUAAGUUUUGCAUCCAGCAUCCGAGGCAGGUGGAUUGGAGGGUACCAUGGAUGCAGGUGGUAUGGUUUUGCCAACUCUUGCUUUGGUAUUGUGUCUCUGAUUUCCUUGGCCAUCCUAUCAUAUGAGCGCUACAGGACCCUCACCCUAUGCCCCAGACGAGGGGCAGACUAUCAGAAGGCUCUACUGGCUGUUGCUGGCUCAUGGCUAUAUUCUUUGAUCUGGACUGUACCACCUCUGAUUGGCUGGAGCAGUUAUGGAACUGAGGGAGCAGGGACGAGCUGUUCUGUGCACUGGACCUCGAAAUCAGUUCAGUCUGUAUCCUACAUCAUGUGUCUCUUCAUUUUCUGCCUGGUCAUCCCCAUCCUGAUUAUGAUCUAUUUCUAUGGACGACUUCUGUAUACAGUCAAGCAGGUUGGGAAAAUCAGGAAGACUGCAGCUCGGAAAAGAGAAUAUCAUGUCCUCUUCAUGGUUGUCACAGCUGUCAUCUGCUACCUGAUUUGCUGGGUACCAUAUGGAUUGAUUGCAUUAGUUGCUACAUUUGGCCCCCCAGGAGUGGUGUCACCAGUGGCCAAUAUUGUACCAUCAAUUUUGGCAAAGAGCAGCACUGUAUGCAACCCAAUCAUCUAUAUACUUAUGAACAAGCAGUUUGAAGGUGACCUUUACAAGUGUAGGGCAAAUGAAAUCAUUAGGAUCUUCCAAAUAGCCGUGUUAGGGAAAAAAUCCAAACCAACCACUGACUAUGGAGAGAAGAGAAUAUGGCCAUUCUAUUGA